AGAGCAGGAGAGGGUAAAGUGGAUUAUAGAGAGAAGUUCGUUGGAACCGAGUCACUUUAAGGAGCAGACACACACGAGGAAACGGAAAAGGAGCAAGACAUCUACCGAGUGUAAUGGAGACUCAUGGAAUUCCAGACCCUCCACAUCCACAUGCCCCCAACCCUCCUCCAGCAGCGCCCCCCCCUUACCCUGGGAUCAGAGCUAACGGAGUGCCUAAUGGCCAGCCUGAUAAAUCUUUCCUGCGAGCUCAGAGAGAAGUGGACAUCCUGAAUCACUGUUUCGAUGACGUUGAAGCGUUCAUGGCCAAACUGCAGCAGGCGGCCGAGGCUCAGUCAGUCCUCAACCAGAGAAACAAGAAGAAGAAGAAAAGUCGAAAGAAAAGCACUGAAGAGGAUCUACUGACAGCCAAAGCCAAACCACCACCUGAGACAGAGUUUAUUGACAUCUUCCAGAAAUUCAAAUACUCUUUCAGUCUGCUGGCGCGAUUAAAGACGGCCAUCUCAAACCCCACAUCAGAGGAACUGCUGCAUCAUGUCUUCAAACCUCUGGAUAUGAUCGUGAAGACCACGGGUGGCCCAGCGUUAGCAGCGUCUGUGUCCAGUCCCGCCCUCACGGCUGGAGCUGUUUCUCUCCUACAGAACAACCUCACAGGACCAGAACGAGAACUGUGGGAGUCACUGGGUCCCAACUGGGCCCAGCCAUGGUCUCAGUUGCGGGGUUCAGUAUCCCCCUACACUCCUGUGUUUUUGAGUGGCUGGAAGCCAGAGGGGUCAGAGGUCGCAGGAUGGGAAGACCCCAUAGAGGCACAAAACAGACAGGACGCAGAGCAGGACAAACAGGAGCUCCAAGCUCUUUCCCAGCCUGCAGGUCCUCCAGUCCACACCACAGACGACAGUGAUAGUAUUGGUCCUAACACAGAGAGGCUGUAUCGCUGCAGUUAUGACUUUGUUGCUCGAAACAGCAGUGAACUGUCAGUGCUACAGGGAGAGGAACUGGAGGUGAUUGAGUCAUCGAAGCGGUGGUGGAAAUGUCGGAAUCGCUUUAAUGAAGUCGGUUUUGUGCCUUUUAAUAUCCUGGAACCUGUUUCUCACAUGGAGAGUCCAGUUACCAAGACACCACCAAAGGCUCCUGCUCCUCCUCCAAUGCCAAAGACUUUCUCCUACGCUCCCCCCGGCUCCCCUGGCCUGAACUCCAAUCCCAACUCUCCCCGACCCCGCAGGACAGCACACUCCCAACACCCCCACGACGAGACGGAUAAAGUGAUGCAGGUGAAUGAUGAACUCCUCCAGAGGCUGACGAACGGGAAGUCUGUUUCUCGUCCUCUGGUCAUCCCUCGUUCCACUGACACGUCUGUUCCUCUGGACUAUCACUCCAGCUCUGCAGAGGUGGAGGAGUGGUUACGGGCUAAAGGCUUUAGUGAACCGACGGUGCAGUGUUUGCGGGUGCUGACAGGAGCACAGCUGUUCUCUUUGAAUAAGGAAGAACUGCGCGCUGUCAUUCCAGAGGAGGGCGCCAGAGUCUACAGUCAACUCACAGUGCAGAAAGCAUUGCUUGAGGAUGCUCGGAAGGCCACUGAGUUGGAGGCCGUUAUGGAGAAACAGAAGAUGAAAGUUGAUCACAACAUGGAGAUUGGAACACUGUGAUCUCUUUCUCUAACACAC